AUGCAGUCAUUAGACGAUAUCCCAAGUGGCAUUGCUGUUGAAGAUGGCUUGAACGAACCCACGAUCGAUGACUUUGGAAGUCAUGGCUUUUCUCCAGGCAGCUCGGAGGACACGGUUGAGUCCGCCAUCGCUUUCAAGUCCUGGAUCGUCACAAACAUCCAGAAGGGCGUCUCAACCCCGAACGAAGUUAAUGAACUACUCAGGGCCUUCGGUACCUACCGGUGCCAUCUCGCCUUGUGUGCCGAGUUUGUCGACCCAACAACAUAUGUCCUCUAUCUCCUCCAGCGAUACUACGUCUUCACAGGGUAG